UAUAUAUUUGAUUCCUCUAUUCCCAUAUCUCUCAUCCCCCAAGUCUUCACCUCAACUCCAUCUUCCAAAUCUUAGUUUUCUGGUUUUCAGAAUCACAAUAAGAUCGAGUUCGACUCUUGAUUCUGUUAAACCAUCAUGGCAAUGUUAACUAUGAUGUAUGCUCACAUUCCGGCCACUCAAGCGGCCUCCGCAGCAACCCGGUUUCCCUUGAUCCGAUCUCAACAGCACCAAGAAGCUGUUCUUGAUCAUCACCCACAAACAAAGACAUCAAACAGGACCAACCGUCUAGCUGAAUCACUAUCCCACCUCCUCCAUCUUCACAUAGAAACCCCUCCUAAAACCGACAGUCCUCGCUUUUCCAAUUGGAAUAUGUUUACUGAAGAGAAGCAUUCAACUCCCACAACUUCUCCCAAGGAAAUCAUAUCCGAAAAGUGGCGUGAAAUCCACGGCUCAAAAGAUUGGGAGGGUCUAAUGGAUCCACUCCACCCUUGGCUAAGAAGAGAGAUAGUCAAGUAUGGUGAAUUUGCACAGGCAACAUAUGAUGCUUUCGACUUUGACUCAUUCUCUGAGUUCUGCGGGAGCUGCAGGUACAACAAGAACAAGCUCUUUGAUGUUUUGGGACUGGGCAAAAAUGGAUAUGCAGUUAGCAAAUACAUUUACGCCAUGUCCCAUAUAGACAUGCCUAAUUGGCUGGAGAGGUCACAUUUGGUUGAGACUUGGAGCAAAGAUUCAAACUGGAUGGGAUUUGUUGCAGUGAGUGAUGACGAGGAGACGAGAAGGAUCGGAAGGAGAGAUAUUGCCGUGGCUUGGCGUGGGACGGUGGCGCCAUCCGAAUGGUAUGAGGAUCUGCAGAGGAAGUUGGAACCUAUUGGAGAUUUGGAUGCCAAAGUUGAACACGGGUUUCUUGGGAUUUACAAGUCCAAGAGUGAGAAAACCAGGUACAACAAAUCUAGUGCCUCAGAGCAAGUCAUGAAGGAAGUGACUAGGCUUGUUGAGUUUUAUAAAUCCAAGGGUGAAGAAGUGAGUCUUACAAUUACAGGGCAUAGCUUGGGUGGUGCUUUGGCUUUGCUCAAUGCUUAUGAAGCUGCAAAAUCAAUUCCUGGGCUACCCAUUAGUGUCAUUUCAUUUGGGGCACCUAGAGUGGGAAACAAUGCUUUCAGAGAUGAGCUAAACCAAAUGGGGGUCAACACACUGAGGGUUGUGGUCAAGCAAGACGUGGUUCCGAAAAUGCCGGGACUUGUUUUGAAUGAAGGUUUGCAGAAGUUUGAAGAAAUUACCGGCACAUUGGAAUGGGUUUAUACACAUGUUGGAGCUGAACUGAAAGUUGAUGUCGGCUCGUCGCCUUAUCUCAAGAAACAUGGGUUCAAUUUUCUAGGGUUUCAUAGCCUUGAGACUUAUCUUCACCUUGUGGAUGGGUAUUUGAAUAAAGAAACUAGCUUUAGGUCAAAUGCCAGGAGGGAUUUUGCCUUGGUGAACAAGGCAUGUGACAUGUUGGUGGAGGAUCUUAGAAUCCCACAUUGUUGGUACCAAUUGGAACACAAGGGACUUGUUUGUAAUCAUCAUGGGAGAUGGGUUAAACCCAUAAGAGAGCCUGAAGACAUUCCUUCACCUACUAGAGAAGCAGAAGCAGAAGCUCAUGCUCUUCAAGUAGAGAUACAAUCAGAUUAUGUACUUCAAUCUUUAUGUACUGCUAAUAUGAAAGGUGAAUUUUGAAAGUCAAAGACUUGAAUUGUCCCUA